UUUCUGAGUCAGCUUGCUCUAUUCUGCGGUCAAACUGGUAAUGGCAUAUAUUCGAAACGUUUAUUUUCUAACUCUCAGAUAAAUCUUGGUGCAGGGAAAGUCAAAAUGUGGAUCGGUGGUCGGGCUAUAGAGUCUCAGACCACAGAAUGGAUUGAUUUAACUAAUCCGGCGACGAAUGAGGUGAUUGGCCAAGUACCGAAAUGUACAAAGGCUGAAAUGGAGAUGGCAGUAGAGUCUUGUAAAGAAGCAUUCAACAAGUGGAAAGAAAUAUCGAUACUAAACAGGCAACAAUGUAUGUUCAAAUUACAGCAUUUAAUAUUACAAAAUAUGAACAAAUUGGCUGAAAAUAUAACUCAAGAAAAUGGCAAGAUUUUGUUUGAAUCAGAAGGUGAAAUAAUUAGAGGUUUACAGGUUGUGGAACAUGCAUGUAGCGCUCAGUCUCUUCAGCAAGGUGAAUUCUUGCAGAGCAUUGCUCGAGAUUUGGAUACAAUGAGUAUGCGAGUGCCACUUGGUGUUACGGCUGGUAUUACGCCAUUUAAUUUUCCAGCAAUGAUACCACUUUGGAUGUUUCCUUUGUCUUUAGUUACCGGCAACACAAUGAUCAUGAAACCUUCUGAGCAGGAUCCUGGAGCUUGCCUUCUAUUAGCCAAACUUGUAAAGGAGGCAGGGAUUCCUGAUGGCUGUUUCAAUAUUAUUCACGGUCAGCAUGAUGCAGUCAAUUUCAUUUGUGAUCACCCAGAAAUACGUGCAAUAUCAUUCGUUGGUGGUGAUCGAGCGGGAAGGCAUAUUUUUGAGCGUGGAACAUUGAAUGGAAAAAGAAUUCAAUCGAAUAUGGGUGCUAAGUGUCAUGGAAUUAUCAUGCCAGAUGCGCACAAAGAGGGACUUGUACGGCAGCUUCUCUCUGCUUCAUUUGGUUGCAGUGGACAACGAUGCCUUGCUUUAUCAACAGCAAUAUUUGUUGGCAGAGCUCAAGAAUGGAUUCCAGAGUUAGCUAAAGAAGCCAAGAAGUUCAAAGUAAAUGCAGGUUGGAAACCAGGAACAGAUUUCGGGCCAUUGAUCUCACGUGCGUCAAAAUUGCGCUGUCUUGAACUAAUUGAUUCAGCACGCAAAGAAGGUUGCCGAAUCUCAGUGGAUGGUUCAAAUUGUUCUGUACCUGGAUUCGAAAAUGGUAACUUUGUUGGGCCAACAAUUCUAGAAGGAGUGCAACCACAUAUGAGAUGUUACAAAGAAGAAAUUUUUGGUCCUGUGUUAUGUGUAAUGACAACAAACACACUUGACGAGGCCAUCGAUAUUAUUAAUAAUAAUCGUUAUGGUAACGGAACAAUUCUAUUUACAACAAAUGGUGCAGUGGCUCGAAAGUUUAUCCACAGAGUCAAAGUUGGCCAGAUUGGUAUUAAUAUUCCAGUACCACUACCUCUUCCUAUGUUCUCUUUCACUGGAAAUCGCGAUAGCUUCUUAGGGGAUGUAAAUUUCUAUGGCAAAGCUGGAAUGAAUUUUUAUACAGAAUUAAAAACAGUCACACAGCUAUGGCGAGAAGUCGAUGCUGAACAAGGAUACAUAGAUUCUUUCAAUCUUCACGAAAAGUCUUAA